UUCUCCUACUAUGGAAUGCGAGCUGUGCUGGUGCUGUACUUCAAGUACUUCUUGCGCUGGGAUGAUGACUUGGCCACCUCCAUCUAUCACACCUUUGUGGCUCUCUGUUAUCUCACCCCUAUCCUCGGGGCCAUUGUGGCUGACUCAUGGCUGGGAAAGUUUAAGACUAUCAUCUACUUGUCUAUUGUCUAUGCAAUCGGCCAGGUUGCGAUGUCUAUCAGUGCAGUCCAUGACAUCACUGACUCGGACAGAGAUGGGACUCCAAACAACAUGAUUUUUCAUGUCACCUUGUCCAUGGUGGGCCUGUUUCUGAUCGCUCUGGGCACCGGUGGUAUCAAACCUUGUGUGGCUGCCUUUGGUGGAGACCAGUUUAAUGAACACCAGGAAAGGCAAAGGAGAACUUUCUUCUCUAUAUUCUACCUGUGCAUCAAUGGUGGGAGUCUCCUGUCAACCAUUAUCACUCCAGUCCUCCGAUCUCAGGAAUGUGGCAUCCACAGUCAGCAGAAGUGUUAUUCUCUGGCCUUUGGUGUCCCUGCAGCACUAAUGGUGGUUGCACUUGCGGUGUUUAUCCUUGGGAAUGGAAUGUACUACAAAGCUGAACCACAGGGAAACAUAAUGCUGGAUGUGUUUAAAUGUAUUGGGUUUGCCAUUAAAAAUCGUUACAAGCACAGAAGCAAACAGUAUCCAAAGAGGCAGCACUGGAUGGACUGGGCUGAAGAAAAAUAUGAUAAACUUCUCAUUGCUCAAAUCAAAAUGGUGCUGAAGGUCCUCUUUUUAUACAUCCCACUUCCCAUGUUCUGGACCCUUUUUGACCAAAAGGGUUCCAGAUGGACUUUGCAGGCCACAACCAUGAAUGGAUACUUUGGAUUAUUUUUUAUGCAGCCUGAUCAGAUGCAGACAAUCAACCCCAUCCUGAUCCUGACUCUGGUGCCUAUCAUGGACAACAUAAUAUAUCCUCUGAUCAAAAAAUGUGGCCUGAACUUUACACCUCUGAAAAGAAUGACAGUGGGGAUGCUUCUGGCAGCUACAGCAUUUGUCUGCGCUGCUUUGGUUCAGAUUGAAAUUGAUAAAACACUGCCCAAUUUCCCAUCGGCCUCCCAGAGUCAGUUGAAAUUGCUGAACAUGGGCAGUAAUGCAGUCAAAGUUCAGUUACCUGGCAGUAAUUCACUGAAUCUUCCUGCAGCUCAGGCCAGUGAUAAAUACUUCACAUUUGAAGCAGAAAAUAUCAAUGUUUCAAUAGAAAUCCCCAAAAUUACGAGAACUAUUUCCUUGGCCAAAGGACAUCGACAAACUCUUCUCAUUCCAUCACUCAUCACUGAUGAGUGGCUGUUGACUGGUGACUUGAAGUCCAAGCCAGAAGAGGGCAGCAAUGCAAUCCGAUUUGUAAAUGGAAUGACAACAGAAGUGAACAUAUCAAGUAACGCAACCAAGUUUGGACUAAUUGCGCCAUCAAAUUAUUCCAACUAUUUCCAAAUAAAAAAUGGACCGAUCACAUUUACCUUAAGGAACAGUUUACAGUCAUGUGAAUACAGCACAGACUUUGGAUUUGGAAGUUCAUAUACUUUCAUUAUACCCAGCACUUUGGUCUUUGGACCAAAUUGUCAGAAGGAUAUUACUGCAGUAGAAGAUAUCAAGCCCAACUCUGUUUACAUGGCCCUCCAGAUUCCACAGUACUUCUUCAUAACUGCUGGUGAAGUGAUGUUUUCUGUCACUGGUCUUGAGUUCUCCUACUCACAGGCACCUAGCAACAUGAAGUCAGUGCUGCAAGCUGGCUGGUUAUUUACUGUUGCUGUUGGCAACUUCAUUGUUCUGAUUGUGGCUGAGAUUGCAAAACUUCCCGAACAGUGGGCAGAGUAUGUCCUCUUCGCCUCUCUUUUGGUUGCAGUGUGUAUCAUCUUCUCCAUCAUGGCCUCUUUCUACACCUACAUCGACCCUACAGAAAUUGAGGCUCAGUUCAGAAAUAGGGUUGAUGGAGAUAAUGCGGAUGAUAAAGCUGCACAGACCAAAAUGUGAACAAAAAAGUAGACCAGGUAUCCAUACUAAGCUUAUAUUCAAAGUUUAACAUCAAGAUUUGUGGGGAAAUAUACUUAUAAUCCUUUUAAUGUUGUCUAUUUGUGUGUGUGCACAUACAGCAUGUGUUUUAAAUAUUUG